AUGUCCCGUCUGUGCUACGACAACGCUUGCGAGUGCAACCAGCACGCCCGCCGAUGCAGAUUCAACAUGGAGCUGUACAAAUUGUCUGGCAGGGUGUCCGGAGGCGUGUGUCUAAAGUGCCGUCACUACACCGCGGGCAGACACUGUCACUAUUGCCGCGAAGGAUACUACAGGGAUCCCACCAAGCAGAUCACACACCGCAAAGCAUGCAAACCUUGCGACUGCCAUCCGAUAGGGGCCUCUGGGAAGACCUGCAACCAGGCGUCGGGACAAUGCCCGUGUAAGGACGGCGUGGUCGGCAUCACGUGCAACCGAUGCGCCAAAGGAUACCAGCAGAGCCGCUCCCAUAUUGCACCUUGCAUCAAAAUACCCGUCGUCCAAAUUAUGGCGACCGAAGAAGACGAUGACGGAUACAGAGAAGACCCAGACUCUUCCACGGCGGGAGAUCACUGCGGAAAGUGCAAGGCGGCUACAAGAAGGCUAAACCUAAACAAGUACUGCAAAAGGGAUUACGCGAUAAUGGCACGGGUGCUAUCGCAAAUCGAAAACAACGACGACGAGCACACAAAAGGAUGGGUGCGGUACAUGAUAAACGUCGAAUUCGUGUACAAGAAAGCCAAAGAUUCCCGAAUAAGAAAGGGGACGAUGCCCAUGCUGAUUCCGGCGACGGAUUUGGCAUGUAAAUGCCCCAAGAUACGGGCCAAUAGGUCGUACCUGUUCUUGGGCAGGGAAAAGGACGACUCGCCCGGAGGGAUAGUGACCGGCAGCCUGGGUGUAACCCAGAGGUCCAUCGUCAUCGAAUGGAGAGACGAGUGGGACCAGAGAAUGCGUAGGUUCCGUCGCAGGGCCCGGAAAUGCAAGUGAACCGCCAAACCGCAGGCGCCCCACCCUCCCCCAAAGUCAUUUACUGGAUUCUAAAUUUUCAGAGUAAAGCUGACAGUUGUACUGUGAUUUAUUUAUUUCGUUUCAGUAUUUAAAUUUAUAUAAAUGUAUGUAUGUAGCUUCCGAGGCUCGCGAGACUUACCAUUUUAUUAAUUACUAAUUUAGUAAUGUAAAUGCACUGUACCAAAUGCAUUCUCUAUUCUAUUUUUAAUUUUAGUUGAUAGAUAUUGUAAUAUUUUAUAUUUUGUAAAUAUUUUUUAUAUGAUAAAUG